AUGAAUCUUGAUUUUGAUGACUCGACCCGUAUGCAUCCUGGAGUAAGAAAACAAGAAAGGGACAAGAUUCGCAGACUUUUUAUAAACCACGUUGAUCGUAAAUUGGCGUUGCAUGGGAAUGCUCCUUUAAACAGAUUCUCCAUCAAAUGCAAAGAUGAUGUUGGUCCAGCUCCUCUCAUUGGUUGGAUAAGCAACGUGUUAAAUCGUCAGGUAUCAGAACUUGUUCUUGACAUCUCUUCGCACUGGAAUUGGCCUCUGUCUUCCGAGGUUGUUGCGUGCGAGACAAUGGUUCAGGAGUUUUGGGAAUCUUGCUCUGUAUCUAGCGUUACCCUCAAGAGGCUAACGUUUCUGAAUUUCGCUUCGCUUGUGGAAGCUAGCCUCGACCUUCAAAUGACACAUGAUCAGAUUAAUAAGGCAAAAUUUUCAGAGGAUGGUCCAGUCGAUUUGGAAGUGGGGACGAUGGUUGGUAAUGCAACGGAUCUUCUUAUGGGAAUACGCAAUGUUAAGACGCUUUACUUAUCUGACAACACUCUUGAGGUACUUGCUUUCUGCUGCAAACCAAUGCCGGUUUACAACAACCUGGUUCACCUAACUAUCAAGACUGACCGAGAUGUAGAAUGGGAAUCAUUGACGGCACUUCUCAAGAAUUGUCCAAACCUAGAAACCCUUGUCUUCGAAGGACUUCUCCACAAACAUGGAAUGAACUGUGGAAGUCACGAGUGCCUAUGCAGACCGUAUGAGGAGGAGGAUAUUCCUAUUUGCCUAUCAUCAAGUCCUGUGAAGGUCAUAAAGAUAUUGAAGUUUGGAGUUAUCUGUGAAGAUGAAGACAUGGACAAAAUGAUGGAGCAAGUCGAGUACUUCCUUGAGACAAUGCCGAAUCUUGAACAACUCAUAAUACACUACGAAACGUAUAUUGACGAAGAUGUGGAGGAAGUAUUAAGCCAAUUUCAGAUGGUUCCUAGAGAAGGUUUAACCAAGUGCAAGAUUCAAGUAAUCUCUGAUAAUCUCAGUUUGUCAUCUACUUAA